GCAGGGAGGGGCAGCCAGUCCUUUCUCUCCCAGGCUCUGCCAAGUGCCCCCAUUGCAGAAGUGCUCACGUCUGUCUGGUGUGUUUGGAAAGGAGGACAGGAGAGAUGGCACAGGAUGCUGAAGGGGGCGAGGAUGUGCCCCAGGUGCCGAAGGAAGAGGAGAAGGAGAGGAAGAACAGGAGGCGAAGAAAGAGGAAGAAGGAGAGCAAGACACGGACUGUGCGCUCUAACCUGCUGCUACCUGGGCCUGAGGCGGAGAAGCCCCAAAGGAGCCCCCUGGCCAACAAUCGCCUCAAGACCACCAAGUACACGGCUCUGUCCUUCCUGCCCAAGAACCUCUUUGAACAGUUUCACCGCCUGGCCAAUGUCUACUUCGUCUUCAUUGCGCUGCUCAACUUUGUGCCGGCGGUGAAUGCCUUCCAGCCUGAGCUGGCCUUGGCCCCUGUGCUCUUCAUCCUGGCUGUCACUGCCAUCAAGGACUUGUGGGAGGAUUACAGCCGCUACCGCUCUGACAAUGAGAUUAACCACAUGGAGUGUCUGGUCUACUGCAGGAAUGAAAAGAAAUAUAUGAACAGAUAUUGGAAAGAAGUAGAAGUUGGCGACUUUGUUCAGCUUCGUUGUAAUGAAAUCAUACCUGCUGACAUAUUGCUGCUCUCUUCAAGUGACCCUGAUGGGCUGUGUCAUAUAGAAACUGCUAACCUGGAUGGGGAGACCAAUUUAAAACAAAGACAGAUAGUGAGGAGAUUCUUAGAGUUGGACUCUGAAUUUGACCCCUUGAAGUUCACCAGUGUCAUUGAAUGUGAGAAGCCAAACAAUGACUUAAGUAGGUUUCGAGGUUACAUUGUACAUAAAAGUGGGAAAAGGGAUGGACUAUAUAAAGAAAACCUUUUGUUGCGUGGAUGUACUGUUAGGAACACAGAAGAGGUUACAGGGAUAGUAAUCUAUGCAGGGCACGAGACCAAAGCUUUGUUAAAUAACAGUGGACCACGUUACAAGCGCAGUAAGCUUGAAAGACAGAUGAAUAUUGAUGUCCUUUGGUGUGUCCUCAUACUUAUAGUCAUGUGUCUAUUUUCAGCCAUUGGUCAUGGCCUAUGGGUGUGGCAAUAUGGUGAGAAGAAACCAGUUUUCGAUGUUCCCGGGCUUGAUGGCAACUAUUUAUCCCCAGUUCUAGCUGCAGUAUAUUUAUUUUUGACAAUGAUAAUAGUUUUUCAGGUUCUGAUUCCGAUUUCUUUGUAUGUAUCCAUUGAAAUAGUUAAAGCAUGCCAGGUGUUCUUCAUUCAUCAAGACAAGGAUUUAUAUGAUGAAGAGACAGACUCUCAGCUACAGUGUCGAGCUUUAAACAUCACAGAAGACUUAGGGCAGAUGCAAUAUAUAUUCUCAGACAAGACUGGUACUCUUACUGAAAAUAAGAUGGUUUUCCGAAGAUGCACUGUUUCUGGAAUAGAGUAUUCCCACGAUGCUAAUGCCAGACGUUUAGCCAUGUACCAGGAAGCUGAUUCUGAGGAGGAAGAAACAGCAGCUAAAGGAGGAACGUUAUCCCAGCGGAACAGUGUCAGCAGUCAUCAGAGCAUUAAGGUUGUCCACAGAAGCCUGAGUAUGAAAUCCCACCGACGCACCGGCAGCAGGGCUGAAGCAAAAAGAGCAAGCAUUCUCUCCAAGCACACUGCGUUCAGCAGCCCAAUGGAAAAAGACAUCACUCCAGAUCCUAAUUUGUUAGAUAAAGUAAACGAAUGUGCAAGGAGUCUUGAGGUUAUGAGAAGCCAUGAACAGCCAUUAUCCCAGCUCACCCCUGAACUUUCUGACAUCUUUGACUUUUUUAUAGCAUUGACUAUUUGCAAUACAGUUGUUGUUACCUCUCCAGAUCAGCCACGGCAAAAGGUUAGAGUUAGAUUUGAACUGAAGUCGCCGGUAAAGACCAUAGAAGACUUCAUUCGAAGAUUCACUCCCAGCCGUCUGACCUCUGGAUCUAACAGCAGCAGUUCAUCAAGCCUGACUACCAGUAAAUCAAUGCCCAGACUCGGUUCUAGUAUUCUUUCAUCUACAUCCACUGAGAGCACUUUAUUAAAACUGGAAGAGAAGUUGGCGCACUCUCCGCAGAUGAAUAACAAUGGAUAUAGCUCACAGCAGGAAAGAAGGGCUAUAGGAAGUAGACCGGAAGGAGGAGAACUCCGUUAUGAGGCAGAGAGUCCAGAUGAAGCUGCGCUUGUCUAUGCAGCUCGGGCAUAUAACUGUGCUCUGGUUGGAAGACUGUCUGACCAGGUAUCAGUAGAGCUACCUCAUCUAGGAAGGUUAACCUUUGAACUCUUGCACACACUGGGCUUCGAUUCCAUCAGAAAAAGAAUGUCAGUGGUGGUUAGGCAUCCCCUUACAGAUGAAAUAAAUGUUUACACCAAAGGAGCAGAUUCAGUUAUUAUGGAUCUUCUUCUGCCCUGUUCUUCAGUUGACCCUAGAGGCAAUCAUCAAAAAAAAAUCCAAAGCAAAACUCAGAAUUACCUUAAUCUGUAUGCUGUAGAUGGGCUGCGGACCUUGUGUAUUGCCAAGAGAGUUCUAAGCAAAGAAGAAUAUGCUAGUUGGUUAAAAAGUCAUUUAGAAGCAGAAUCUUCUAUUGAAAACCGCGAAGAGCUGCUGUUUCAAUCUGCACUUCGUAUAGAGACAAAUCUGCAUCUACUCGGUGCAACUGGUAUUGAAGACCGUUUACAAGAUGGUGUCCCAGAAACCAUUGCAAACUUACGUAAAGCUGGGCUGCAAAUUUGGAUUCUCACUGGAGACAAGCAAGAAACAGCUAUUAAUAUAGCUUAUGCAUGCAAGCUACUAGAUCAUGAUGAGGAAAUCAUCACCUUGAAUGCUGAAUCACUGGAGACAAGUGCUGUUCUGCUGGACCACUGUCUGCAAUAUAUAGAGUCUAAAUUUUCAAACAACACAAUAGACAAGACUGCUGGAAACACGACAGUUGGGUUUUGCCCUCUCUCUCCACCUUCAUCUUCAGUGCAUUCCAGCUUGGGCCUGGUGAUUGAUGGAAAGACUCUGGCUUAUGCACUGGAUAAAACACUAGAAGACAAAUUUCUUUCACUAGCCAGGAGAUGUCGCUCGGUUCUGUGUUGUCGCUCUACCCCACUGCAAAAAAGCAUGGUAGUAAAACUAGUCCGAGAUAAACUCAAAGCAAUGACCUUGGCAAUAGGUGAUGGAGCUAAUGAUGUCAGCAUGAUCCAGGUGGCAGACGUGGGUGUGGGGAUCUCUGGUCCAGAGGGCAUGCAGGCAGUGAUGGCGAGUGACUUUGCAGUCCCAAGAUUUCGGCAUUUGGAAAAGCUCUUGCUUGUUCACGGGCACUGGUGUUAUUCCCGGCUUGCCAAUAUGGUGCUGUAUUUCUUCUACAAAAAUGCAAUGUUUGUGGCCCUUCUCUUCUGGUACCAGUUCUAUUGCGGGUUCUCUGGCUCUUCAAUGAUUGAUCAGUGGUACCUGAUCUUCUUUAAUGUAUUAUUCUCUUCUCUUCCACAACUGGUCACUGGUGUGCUGGAUAAGGAUAUACCAGCUGAAGUGCUAAUUGGUGUACCUCACCUCUACAAAAGUGGCCAGAAAAUGGAGGAGUACCAACCACACAUGUUUUGGAUGAACAUGAUUGAUGCACUCUAUCAAAGUCUCGUUUGUUUUUACAUCCCUUUUUUCACUUACUAUGACUCAGAGGUAGAUCUAUUCUCCUGGGGAACGCCCAUCACCACGAUAGCUCUUUUCACCAUUAUAUUACACUUGGCUAUUGAAACCAAAACUUGGACUUUGUUCCACUGGUCAUCUUGUAUCUUCAGUAUCCUUUUAUUUUUCAUUGUGGCUCUGGUUUAUAAUGUUUCUUGCCCAAUAUGUUAUCCUCCAUCCAAUCCCUACUGGACUAUGGAAAAAUUGAUGGGAGAGCCUGUGUUUUACUUGAUUUGUAUUAUAUCACCAGUUGUUGCAUUACUGCCCAGAUUUCUGUACAGAACCCUUCAGGGGACCGUCUUCCCAACCCAACUUCAGCUUGGACGCCAGUUGAAUAGAUUGCCUCCAGAGACUCGCAACCAGAUUCCGAACAGGUUGAAUAUCAAAAAGGAAACCAUUCCCCAGAAAUCCCCAUGUGCAGAACAUUCCCCACAGAAUCCUCAGUCAAAUGAUAGUGAUUGUUUUAAGGCCUGCAACCAAACCCCCUCUUCGCAAUCAUCUCAGUAUGGAAAUGACCCAGCUUUCCCAUCAAAUACAAAGGCAGAACACACAACAGGACUGAGUGUUACUGCUUCUCCUCCUGGAUCUCUGUUAUGUGAGGGGAAAAAACACUUCUCAGUGGCAAACAGUCAAGAACGAUCCCUGGGAUUUCACGAAAUUACUCACAACACUUCAGAGAUGGAGUCAAUGUCUGUAGAAGAAACGUUCCCAUGGAACACAACAGUCGACCAGUCAAGCUUUAGUUUAUUGAACUGGAUCACAUCAACUCCCCUGUUCCGUCGGUUUGGGAGAGUUUUACAGCUGUCACCACGUCGUUUACAAAAUGAAGUACAGGACAACAUGUGUGUGCUUGGCUCCAUAUCUUCUUUGCAUCAGGAUUUCAAAGGCUUAACAGGGAAGAACUCAAACGACUUCCAGGAACAACUUAAAGGGACCCCAACUAAUUUCUGUAAAAGUGAAACUCUUGAAACCACCUUCUUAUGACAUGGGCCUUGAGUACAUUUAUAUAUUUUCUAUUUGCACAGAUGUAUAGUGAAAUUACUCUAAUUGUUUCCAGAGAUGAAACAGGCAAUCAAAGGUACAAAAAAAUUAUUUAAAAAUGUUUAAGUGCUAUAUAUUGAAAUAAGAGCUUUAAAUAUAAAGAAGAAAAUACACUUGAAUUUUUUUCAUCUCAUUUUAUAAGAAAAUGCAGGUUGUUUCUUUUUCAGUUGCUUCUCUUUCAUUCUGGCAAGUAUUGCAAGCAAUGGACCUACCUACCUUGUCCAAAAAGUUUGGAUUUCAGGAGCAAUUAUAGACAUGAUUAUAGUUGGUUCAGCAAUCAUGGAGGGGAAAAAACAUAAUGAUAACACUACAUCCCAGCAGUUUGGAUAAUUUGUCAUCUGAUUUAAAAUAAAAAAUCUCUGUGAGGUCUGACAAUCAAGUUUUUAAGGGGAAAACUGCUGGGCAGAUCUUUGAAAAUAUCAUACCUCUUUGUAAAUAUUAACAGUAUCUCACCACCGUAUAAAUACACCAGCAUCUUAUAAAUGUCACCGUAAUUGAAUAUCUCCUCAGUAGCAUUUUAUUUCUCAUGAUAAAACAAUAAAGAAAUGACCAUCCAUAAUACAAAGUGGUUGCCCAGUCUGGCGUUAAUAAGAGUUCAGUGCUUCACUUGCAGUCAGUAAAAAUAGCUUGCAUUUGGCAGGUCGGGCCAUUCCUUUUAAAAAGAAAAACCGUUUUGCUUUGUAAAGAGAUGUUGGGGAGGGGAGUGAUUGUAUGUUGUAUGUGCGGUAUGAUAUAAGUCAGUGGGAAUUGAGAGCACUCUCAGCAUGCAGCAGUCUGCUCCAUUGAAAUGCCACAGAACUUGCUGAAGAAUGUAGGUCCAGUUAAAGAAUACAUGGAGAGCCCUUUGUUAUAGAUUACAGCCUCUUUCACUUCUAGUCCAGUGACUUGAAGCCCGAAUCAUUAGUGGCCAUCUUUACCUCGGGAGGCUGUUUUGGGUUUGCAUCCAUAAUCACAUAGCGUGUGCCAUCUCCACACAUAAACUAACACAGGAUAUGGGGAUUGGUCCUGCUUUGAGCAGAGGGUUGGACUAGAUGACCUCCUGAGGUCCCUUCCAACCCUGAUAUUCUAUGAUUCUAUGAUAUAGUUGUCACGUAUUGUCUUUGCAACUUGAGUUUUCAGAACAUCCUAUUUUUGUUUAGUAUUAGUUGUGUAAGCUCAAAACUUGCACACCUCAUUCUCUGUGUGUUGACAGGAAAUCCCCAGCCAUAUUGGCUCCCAUGGAGUCCCUCAACCUUAAGCCCCAAUAUUUGCCAUACACUGGUUUCUAAGCCUCUCUGGGUAUUUUUAAAAGGGUUUCCAUGUUGGUCUCUUCCCACAAACACAGACCGAAUUGGUCAUUUCAAAAUGUGAAACCUGAACAAAGGGAAGAAGUAAAAGCAAUAUAAAUAAAGGGUUAGUAUCAGGCUUUAUUUAUGUUGCCCUGAUAAAAUGUGACACACAAUCAUACAGCCAAACUACAUUUUGGGAUGAGAAUAUUUCUAUCCUCAUUAUGAAGUAGAUAUUGAAUGUGCUAAAUGAAUCCACAACACUCACAUAUUCUAGCUUUUCAUUAAACAUGAGAUUAACUUGGGGAAGGACUUGUGAUUCAAGCAGGGCUUUAUCAUUUUUUCCUCACCUCCAAAAAGAAUGUGUUAGGUCUAAAAUAGAGGAAAUCUCGCUUCUUUUUAAUAAAUUCUUACUGGCGGAAAGUGUUGUAAUGCGUCUAUAUUCUAUGUGGUUACCUUAGGAAUCAGGCAAUGGAUUUCUACACAUGCUUAGAUCACCAAAUGCAUCCCAUAGAAUCCUGUUGGAAGGAUUCAUUUGUCCAAUAGAUCUUGCAGACAUUUAACAUGGACUAUGCAGCAUGUGCCAGUCCAAAGAACUCUCCUAGGGGGAACUACAAUCUCUUUUUUUAAUGGCAAAGGAAGUAAUGGCUCACCUUUUUAAAGCAAUAUCAGUGUGAAAAUAUUGCCGUCUGGGAGAAACAUUUCCUCAAUUGUAAAACAGGAUGUCAGGGUGAAAUCCACUCCGCCCACAUAAAGCCAGAAUAGUCAGACACCAAGUGGGUGGAGUUUGGAGAGGCCGGGGCCAUGAAAUCCACUCCCUGGCCCAACAAUAUCUGUGGCCAGGGCAGGAGGUGGCUCUGUAUGGCCCUUGUGGCUGCGAUUGCAGCACUGCUCCAGAUGCCCCAAGGCAGGUAUGUAGGGUGUUGGGGCCACUGGAUCCAUGUAAAUACAGAGCGUGUGGCCCUUUCGCUUCUUUCCCUAUCAUUAUUACUGCAUUGUAACAGCACUGGAGCCCUGUUGUGCUAGGCACUGUAUAAACAGAUACUAGUGACCUGUACAUUGAUUUUCAAUAGCUAGAUAUAAGUACAGUAAUAUUAACAAAGAACUCUAUCAUCUUACUGCCUCGAUUUCAGAUGUUAUAUUUCUGGCAAAUAUUUACUAUGAGGCAAAACCUGGCAUAUAAAAUCUUGAAAUGGAAGCAAAAUUGUACCCCAGUAUUAUUACUUGGUUCAGCUGUAUUUAACUUGUAUUUAACUAUGUGCCAAGGUCAUAAUGCCUCUAUUUUUGAUGCAGAUGUAAAACCAAGACCCCGGUCACUGGUGACUAUUGAUAGUCCUCUGAUCCAGUGGUUCUCAAAGCUGGUCCG